AUGACAUAAAAGCUGUAUAUUACAGAAUCUUUAAUAAUAUUUUAGACAUUCUGGGUUAAAAAGGUAGACUAUUAUAAUUCAUGUUAGUUUUGGUAGGAAUAAUGGUCAAACCUUUUAACAAACUUUCUUGCGAUUUAUUUUAGCAUCAGAAAUAUUUUUUUUGAAAAAUAUAAUGGUUAAUAAAUGAUUCAGCCAUAAUAGUAAGUUUUGAGAUAAGCUGAAGGGCUUUUUAAUUAAAAUUAAUUCAAUUAAAAAAUACUCAAAUUAAAAGCCCAAUAAAUUAAAUUACUUGUUUGGUAAUUAUUCAUUUACUUUUGGAUAAGAUGGAUAAUUAAUUGA